AUGAAUAUCCUCCUCAACGCUCUCACCUACUUCAGAGCCCCUGAGGCCAACAACAACGAGCUGAUAGUGGAGUCAGUCAACAAGGAGGACGUCAUCAGAGACCGGAAGGAAUGCAUCGCGUAAGUUGUGUCGCUUGACAUGACAGUAUUACUCUAAAUCUUUGGAUUGAUACUACUACAAUAUAUAGGAUGAUACUAUUUUCUAGUAUCAUCCUAUGUAUUGCAGUGUUUAUGUAAUGCAUAAAUACUACAAUAUUAUAAAGACUUUACAUGUUGACAGUAAAACAAGGAAAGUUGUUUCAGAAGCAAAGUAGAAGUCUUCUACAAAAGUGACCCCUUCUUGGUGUCCCAGGGUCGUGGGCAAUACCUGUUCGAUGACCAAGGUCGCCAGUACUUGGACUGUAUCAGCAAUGUUCAACAUGGUAAGUUCACCCUAUAGAUACUGUAUUUUCGCAAGUUCGUGAUUUUUUUCAAUACUGUUGUAUUUACAUUACUUUGCUCUCCUUACCUUACCGUACCUUCAGUUGGACACUGUAACCCGAAAGUUGCCGCCAAAGUGCAUGAACAGAUGAUGACAUCUAACUGUAACAUUAGAUUCCUGAGUAACAAGCUCACGGACGCUGCCAAAGCAAUCUUGAACACAUUGCCAGCCGAACUGGAUACUGUUCUUUUCGUGAAUUCGGGCUCCGAAGCCAAUGACUUGGCUAUGCGAUUGGCCAGAGAUUACACAAACAACCGUGACAUCGUAUGUUUGGACCACGCUUACCACGGACAUCUGAUCAGUACGAUGCAGAUCAGCCCCUACAAGUUUGAUCACGGUAGCACCAUUCCCAAACCCGAAUGGGUACACGUCGUAAGUUACAGUAAUCUUUGCAGCAGUUUCAGUUAUUUGAUCACUAUUAACUACUACAAGGACCAUAAAAUAUGACAGUAACUGCCACUUUUAUCACGAUACGUAACAGAUAGAAAUAGGUUGUUAUACCUCCUCUUCCUGUCAGUUCUAAUAAAUUUGAAUUCCAGGCCCCAACUCCAGAUGUCUACCGUGGAAAGCAUCGCUUAACUGACACUGAUCUCAACAACCCUCAAAAGCUGGUCCAGAUGGGACAAUUGUACGCCGAGGAGGUUAGAAACCUGAUUGAAGCCAACACCGAGAACGGCAAAGUGAGUGGAUUCAUCGCCGAAGCCCUCCAAUCGUGUGGAGGCCAGAUUAUCCCUCCCAAAGGCUACAUGACCCAGGUCGCAAACAUCAUCAGAUCUCACGGUGGAGUCAUGAUCAUCGACGAGGUCCAGACUGGCUUCGGCCGAGUGGGCGAGAAGUUCUGGGCCCACCAACUACAAGAUGACAGUUUUGUACCAGACAUUCUGACUAUGGGGAAACCCAUGGGGAACGGAUUCCCUGUAGCCGCUGUCGUCACCAGAAGGGAGAUAGCUGACCAACUAGGAGGUCAGGUCAACUACUUUAACACGUUCGGAGGAAACCCAGUAUCGUGCUCGGCCGUUCUUGGCGUGAUGGAAGUGCUGAAAGAGGAGAAUCUGCUCAGUCAUUCAGAACAAAUGGGAAAGUACUUUGGAGAGAAACUGGCGCAGCUCAAGAACAGGCACGCUGUCAUCGGCGAUAUCAGGUACAUUUUGAUAUUCUAUAACAUAUUAUAGGUACCUAAGAUAACUACAGUUAAGCUUUCAAAGUAAAUCCUUUUACGAGUACAACAGAUCCUAUAAUAUCCUACCAAUACAAAUAUAUUUUCAGAGGCGUCGGCAUGUUCUGGGGCCUAGAUAUUGUGACGGACCGUGAAAGUCGUUCCCCAGCUACAAAGCUAGCCGUAGACCUGUGUCUUAAGCUACGACAAGAAUAUCAAGUACUAUUGAAUGCUGACGGUCCCCACACCAACAUCCUCAAGUUCAAACCGCCACUUUGCUUUAACAAGGAAGACCUGGACCUUGCGGUAACUUCAAUAGACAAAGCUCUUUACGAAUUGGGAUAUUAA